GCCCUCGCCGUCAGUGUUGCUGCCCGUAGAGGGAUUGUGGGUAACGGCCCCGGCUGCUGGGGCGGCUUGGCUCCGCGCCGCGGGUUCCACUCCACGCCAAGUCCGUUGGCGGUGGCGGUUGUAAGGCCGGGCCCGGACAGACAUGGAGCAGCCGUGGCCGCCGCCUGGACCCUGGAGCUGCUUCCCUCAGGCCGCCGGCGCGGCGGAGGAUGAGAGCGACUUGGACGUGUCGCCGGGCUCCCCCGGCCGCUGCCCGCCGCUGCCGGGCGGAGGCGCCGCGAUAUAUAGCCAAGAGAUUGAGCUGGCUUGCCAAAAACAGAAGGAGUUUGUGAAGAACUCUGUGGCGUGCAAAUGGAAUCUUGCUGAAGCUCAGCAGAAACUUGGUAGCUUAGCACUACAUAACUCUGAGUCCUUGGAUCAAGAACAUGCCAAAGCACAAACAGCAGUAUCAGAACUGAGGCAACGGGAAGAAGAAUGGCGACAGAAAGAAGAGGCUCUAGUACAAAGGGAGAGGAUGUGUCUGUGGAACAUGGAUGGCAUUAGCAAGGAUGUUUUUAAUAAGAGUUUUAUUAAUCAAGAUAAAAGAAAAGAAACAGAAGAUGAAGAUAAAUCAAAAUCAUUUAUGCAGAAACAUGAGCAAAAAAUCAGACAUUUUGGUAUGUUGAGUCGAUGGGAUGAUAGUCAGAGAUUUUUGUCUGAUAAUCCAUACCUUGUAUGUGAAGAAACUGCUAAAUAUCUUAUUUUAUGGUGUUUUCAUCUAGAAGCUGAGCAGAAAGGGGCUCUAAUGGAACAAAUAGCCCAUCAAGCUGUUGUAAUGCAGUUUAUUAUGGAAAUGGCCAAAAACUGUAAUGUGGAUCCAAGAGGGUGUUUUCGUUUGUUUUUCCAGAAAGCCAAAGCAGAGGAAGAAGGAUACUUUGAAGCAUUCAAAAAUGAGCUUGAAGCUUUCAAGUCAAGAGUAAGACAUCCUCAAUCAGAAAGUUUUCAACCUAUGACAGUUCAGAAUCAUGUUCUCCAGUCUUGUGUUGGAUCUAUAGAAUCCUUACCACAGAAUCCAGAUUCUCUUCAGUAUUCUAUCAAUACAGCUCUUUGCAGUUUAAACUCAGUGGUACAUAAAGAAGAUGAGGAACCUAAAAUGAUGGACACUGUAUAAUUUCCUUAAGACUGCUGAGGCCAAGUGCUAUUUUGUUACAAGAAAGGAAGAACUUGGCUAUUUUCUUGACACUUUUAUGGGUGCUGCACUUUAUUUUUGUUCGGUUUUUGAUGCGAGGGAAAAAAGUACUGAAAUGUUUUGUAACUUUUUUUUAUGUGCUGCUAGGUUUUUUGUUUUGUUUUGUUUCUGAAGGGAGGAGUGGUACUAUAUGUUGCAGGAAGUCAAACUGGACUGUUCUCCCCCGCUACUAAGUUGCCUUUAAUUAUUAGCAAUUUUGGAAUCAAAGUAUGAAAAAUCUGCACAAGCGCAAUGUUUACAAGAACUGGUUGAUUUGAGGAGGCAUCUGCUUCAUAGUCCUUUUUAUAUGGAUAUGCAUAUGCCCUGCUCUACAAAAACAGAAAAAACACAUUUGUAUCCCACUGCUAAGUUUAGCUGUCAAAUCUGGUGUUUCAGCAUAUUAAAAGCAAUAAAUCAGUAGUUGGUAAUCUACUUUACUCAAUAAUCUGGGUAGCAUAAACUUUAAGUCUUUCUUCUUAAAUUGCAUUUAUAUUUUCGGCACCAUCAGUUAAAUCCUUGACUUUUAAAGAAACUUGGAGAAUACAACAAUUUGAUUUAAAAAAAUACAUUUAACCCCCUCCCCCAAAUAUUCUUAAAACUAUUCUUUAGAAGUUUAUCUUUCCAUGUUGACUUUUUAAAGUUAGUGAUUAAAAAAACACUGAUGAGCCCAUAGUUUUGUUGUUGGGUUUUUUUGUUUGUUUUUAACAAGAUAAACUUCAAGCUCAUUUUUAAUUACUUGACAUAGUCUGGGAUCUCUCAGGGAGUAAGUUUGAAAAGAGUCCUAAUGGCCUGUAAGAACAAACAGGAAAAAUAAUGUGAUUUUUAAAAUUAUGGUUAUUGUACGUUUCACUCUACUAUAGCCUUGAGAUGUCUGGUAGAACCAACUGCCAUGAGCAACGACUCAUUUCUAAGAAUUGGAUGGUGACCCUUCCUAGUAAUGACGGUUGAUGGUUUUUACUAUCUGUUAUUUUUUCCUUAGCUCAGUUACCAUAGAAUGUCCCUGAGCUUUAUUGCUUCCUGUAUAAUUUACUACAGACAUACCCAGAUCUUUGAUGAUUCAUCUUACUUAGAAUUAGAUGACAGUGCUAAUUAUGCAAUCCUUAUUAUUUGAGGAUUAAUCUGAUUCACAAGAAUAUGAGCUUUGAUUGUUUUGGGGUGUAGUCUUUGCCUCAGUACCCAUUGAGAAUAGUAGCAAACAUUUGGAAGAUGGCUUACUGUAACUGGGAAUACAUGCCCAAUUUGAGAACCCAGGUAAAGCUGAGCAACCCACAGGGGGCUCACACCUGUGACCUUGGCCUCAUCCUUGUUUUCACGGAGGUGAUUAGGCACUUAAUAGCUAUCUGUAGAAAUGGACUGGAAUUAUGGAAUCAUGCUUCUGUAAUGUUGCAAUCUUCUUGGUUUUCAGAAUAAAAGUCUUUGUUGUGCUUUUGAUAUAAAUAUAUAUACUCUAUAAUAAAAUGUUUGACUAAUUUAUAUCAUA